UAGCCUACAGUUGUGGUAACACACUUUGAUGAGAAGGGAGCAGUUAAUAUCAGACGGCUCAGCAAGAAUCAGUGUAGUCGUGAUGGAAAGAAUGAUGAAUGGUGGCAGCGGUGGGAGACAAGAAAACAAGCGAUGGUCGUUAAUCCAUGGUGCUCGUUUCUUGACCGUCUUUCUGGUGAUAACCAUAAUCCACGUAUCAGCCAGUCAGAACAAGAUAAGUACUAUUGAUCAAGGUUUGAACAAGAUUUCAUCCCCAAGAAAUGUCAAGACUACAAGUAAAACCAACACUCAAUCCAGCAUGCUUUGUAACACCACUGAAUGCAUUGAGGCAGCCAAUCUAAUCAAAAGUUCGAUGAACCUGGCCGUGAACCCUUGUGAUGAUAUCUAUGAGCACGCUUGUGGGAGAUGGAAUAUAAGCAAUCCUUUACCGCCAGGCCUCUCAUAUUACUCUAUGUAUGUACUAGCCGGAAGGAAAUUAGAUAAAUAUAAAAGAACAAUCUUUGAAACGGGAAACAUACCAGCAAAGGGAGCAAGCAGAGAAAUAAAGCAAAUGCCAUCAUAUUUGUACAAAUCAUGCAUGAACCUAACGGCCAUUGACAAUCUUGGUGACGCACCUCUGAGAGAACGUAUUAGAGAACUUGGAGGUUGGGACAUGAGUGGAGACUGGAAUGAGUCUUCGUGGGAUUUUAAGAAAAACCUUCUUUCUAUUCAUAAAUUGAAAAAGGGAGGGCCUGUGUUUUACGUGGAUAUCGUACCAAGCGGCCUAGGCAUUAAAAGAAGCUUCAUACUUCAACCUGAUGAAGUCUUACCCAAAGAAGAAUAUCUAAAUUUAUCAUCAAAGACAAUUUUAGCAUAUAGACAGCUGAUCAUUGAAGUUGUUAAUCUGUUGGGUGGUAAAGUUAACACCACUGCCAAGAAAGCAGACGAGAUCAUUCGCUUGGAAGCUCAACUUGCAGACAUAUCUUUUACUCACUCAGCAUGGCAACGAUUCUUAUCGGUAAAUAGAACUCUUGAUCAGCUUCAACAAGAAGUGCCUGAGUUCGACUGGACUCAUCACAUGAAUAAACUGUUUGCUCCAAAUACGAUCCCUAAAAAUGAAGUCAUUACCUUACCUACGCUACCGUACCUAAAGAAGGUGAUGAGAAUAAUACAGAACACGCCAAAGAGGAUAAUGGCCAACUAUAUGGUAUGGUACGUGAUACAGAGCGAGAUCGAGUGGCUUUCUGCACCUUUCAGAAACGCGCAGAAAAAAUAUGUCCAAGCAGAAGAGGAUAUUAAAUCUGAAAAGGAACGUUGGGAAAAGUGCAUUGCCUCAGCUUCUAAAUCUUUUGAGGACGUAACAACAGCUGCAUAUGUCUAUGACAAUCAAGCAAAAAUUGCAAAGGGAAUAAGCUUGGCAAAGGGAAUUAUGAAUGAAGGUAUUCAAGCUUUUAAAGACAAUGUCAACUCGCUAACCUGGUUAGAUGGUGCAACUAGAAGUGGAGUAUAUCAAAAGGUUGACGGCAUGAAAUUCAAAGUCGGCUAUCCCGAUUACAUGUUGGACAGCGCCAAAAUGGCUAAGAUAUUCGAAAAGUACAAGGGCCUCACCAUCAGAAAGGAUACAUAUUUCAAAAACAAAUAGAGAACGGCAACAAGUAUUAAAAGAGUUCCGAAUUCCAAGAGAUGACACAGCAUUGUGGGACUUGUCUCCUCUUCGAUCAAAUGCCCAGUACAGUUAUCUAGCCAAUGAACUUAUUCUCCCAGCAGCCAUUCUUCAGCCACCAAUAAUUUUAUUUCCUAAAGAAUUCUUAAGAGCUUAUAACUUGGGAAAACUUGGUUUUGCUGUUAGUCACGAAAUGAUGCACGGUUUUG